AAAACAGCUGUUUUGGCUUGGUUUAUCAUAAAAUUUCUAGUUUCUUCAGAUUCUAUUGACCUUGGAACUUUUGCCGCUCCCCAGCACAAUAACGACCCCCUUCAGACAUGCGCCAAGUGAACUUGGCGCCUCCCGCCCGUACGCCCAUGAGUUUGCUGCUGAGGUGAAGAAGUGGCGGUUGGGUGAAGAAGCAAGCAGUGCGCGCGUCCAAAAUUGCAAAGUGUAUUUUAUUCGGCCCACAAAAGCCGGUUAUGUAAAGACCGUAUAGGCCAACUAACUGCUCACAUAUCGUACCCGUAAAAUUAAGAACUUGUGGAAAUGUUGAUGGUCGUGUGUUCCAAUUUAAGGCGUCCCGGGCACGUGGGCGCCGCAUCUGCAGCCCGAAAUAUAAACUGGCUGAUUAGCGGAGGAUAUACACCGCCGAUCCGGGCACUGGCGCGGCAGUACGUUCAAGCUCCGGAGGCGCGGCCAGUGCCCGAUGAGCGCUUUCCGGGCAGCCAACAAGAUAGGAAGGAUAUCGCCACCCAGACCGAGCGGUGUAGCCAGUCCAAGGACCUGCGGUCGCCUCCACCUCCAUCGCAGUCCCAGAAGCUAAACUCCUCUACCCUUCCGCCCCCAAUGUCCGACCGGGAUGCUGAUUCCCCCCUGGAUGUGGCAGCCGGCGUGGCGAUGCCCUACAACAUAGACUGGAUAUUCCCUAGGCUGAGGAACCCCUCGAAGUUCUGGUACGUGGUCAGCCAGUGCGUCAUCACUGCCGUUGGAAUCUUCAGCAAGGUUGUGCUGAUGUUCCUGAAUAAACCGCGCGUCUACAACAAGGAGCGACUGAUUAAGCUGAUUUCCAAGCGACCCAAGGGCGUUCCCCUAGUCACCGUGUCCAACCACUACUCCUGCUUCGACGAUCCUGGGCUGUGGGGCUGCCUUCCCAUGGGACUCGUCUGCAACACAUAUAAAAUCCGCUGGUCGAUGGCGGCCCACGACAUCUGCUUCACCAACAAGCUGCACUCUCUCUUCUUCAUGUUUGGCAAGUGCAUACCUGUGGUGCGUGGCAUCGGUGUCUACCAGGAUGCCAUAAACCUAUGCAUCGAGAAGGCCGCGCUGGGCCAUUGGAUCCAUGUGUUUCCCGAAGGCAAGGUGAACAUGGAGAAGGAGGAGCUGCGACUCAAGUGGGGCGUGGGCAGGAUCAUCUACGAGUCGCCGAAGAUUCCCAUCAUUUUGCCCCUGUGGCACGAGGGCAUGGACGAACUGUUGCCCAAUGUGGAGCCCUAUGUGAUACAGCGGCACAAGAAGGUCACCCUGAAUGUGGGCCAGCCCUUGGACCUCAACGACUUUAUUCUGGACCUUAAAAAACGGCAAGUGCCGGAGCCAACGGCGCGGAAGCUCAUUACAGACAAAAUCCAAGAAGCCUUUAGGGACUUGCGGGCGGAGACCGAGAAAUUGCAUAGAGAGCGCAAUUAGAACGUAAUCAUGAAAGAGCAUAGCGGCCGACAUUUGUAAUAAUAUUUAUUUGUAUAGUAUUAAGCCUAAAAUGAACCCUCGAAGCCCCUAAGAUCCAUUUAUUAUAAUUAUAUUUCCGUGUAUUGCGGUUAGUUCUUCAUGAUGUAAUUGCUGGAUAGGAACUUUAAGUGAAUCAGUGUGCAUUAUUAGUAUAAAUAUAUACAAUUGAAACUAAUUUGAUCCGAGGGAAUAAAUUGUAUUAUACAAUAAAGAGUAUAUCUAGAAAAUAAAUUUUUUUUCUUAAAA